AACGCGGGGCCGGACACCAACGGCAGCCAGUUCUUCCUGACGCUGGGCCCGGCGCAGUGGCUGGACGGGAAGCACAGCAUUUUCGGGAGGGUCUGCCAGGGCAUGGGGGUGCUGGGCCGGCUGGCCAUGGUGGAGACCAACGCCCAGGACCGGCCCCUCGACGACGUCAAGGUCAUCAAGGCUUUUCCGUCGGGGUAG